AUGGUUUUCCGCGGAGUGCGGGUGAGACGUGCGCUGUUUCUCACGAGACUCGUGUCCGAACCUUCGAGACUCAUCCGCGCGGAAGUGAUGGAGCCCGGUGUCGUGGAAGAUCCGUCGCCAUGCAUUAAAUUUAUUCCGGAGUCCGGGCAGGGCCUGAGGUGGUACGGAGAAGAAGCUCCAUUGUGUUUCGUGGACAACGAGCGCCGAUUGUCGACGGAGUUGCGUCGUCAUUCGUGGCAGGUACUUCCGCUCGUGGCGUCCCGUAGCCGCCCUUUUUCUCGUGCUCCAACCGUCUGUCGUGUGUUGAGCACGUUCGGAGAGUCCACGAUGGCAUUGUAUGCCGCGAAGAAACCCUUGGACGGAGAAAAUUUUCGCACAAAAGAGAUCAAGAUGCGUUCAAAAAACUGUUCUGACACGCAAUUUGCUUGCAGCAAUGGACGGUGUAUACCCAUGAAAUGGGUAUGCGAUCACCAAGAAGACUGUCCCGAAGCUGAAGACGAGAAAGCCAAUUGUCAGUCAAUUGGGCUCAUGAUGCGGGGCUUGUCAAGUUACUCAGGAGUCUCUGCGUGCGAGUGUUGCAAGGGUCGACUAAAAUCGGAUAAGUCGCUCGGGGUUUCCCCGGGAACAUUGUUUAUGGCCUUGUGA